UAGAAUUUUAGACCACUUUCCGCCGCUCACCGCCAGGUUCGCUAGUAUUUUUGAUUUGAAUUAAUUCAAGUUGGUUUUGUGUGCAAUGAUCUGGCAACUCGCGUUCUCACUCGCGUUGACGGGGUGCUGUUUUCUCACUCAUCGAAGGAAAUUUUGAUUAGAGUGAGAAAGUAAGGAACAGUCAGCGCGGGAACCGUGUGCGGUACUAUAGGUGCGGCAGAAAGAAUGUAGUCGACUCCUUCGUUCUCACGGUGUUCUUACGCAUGAUCCAACGUUACGUCACACUAGAUUAUGCAUAAGAACGUCGUGAUAAUGAAAGAGCAAAGUUUGUAUGUUUGGGAGCCUCUCGCAUUCAACUCGCAUUCGUCCUCGAGUUCGUGUGGAAGCCAUUCAGAGCGGAGGUGGCCAGGAGCGUGGCAUUCGAAGUGGAACCGUUCCGACUCCACUGGUCGUUGGAUUGGGGGAAGCCUGUGAAAUCGCUAUCCGUGAAAUGGAGUACGAUCACAAAUGGAUGGAGUUUCUCUCGAAACGCCUGAUGGACCAAAUCUUCGCAUCGCUACCGAAAGUCAUCCGCAAUGGCGAUCCAGUUCAUUCUUAUCCCGGAUGUAUCAAUCUGUCGUUUGCAUACGUUGAGGGUGAAUCGCUGUUGAUGGCGCUGAAAGACGUUGCCCUCUCGAGUGGGUCGGCUUGCACUUCGGCUUCGCUGGAACCGUCGUAUGUGCUGCGUGCGAUUGGUGCCGACGAAGAUCUGGCUCACAGCUCGAUUCGCUUUGGCAUCGGACGGUUUACCACCAUCGAGGAAAUCGACUACAUAGCUGAAAAGUGCAUCAAGCACGUGACUCGACUCCGAGAGAUGUCCCCGCUGUGGGAGAUGGUCCUGGAAGGUAUCGACAUCAAGUCGAUCCAGUGGUCGCAGCAUUAGAGCGGACGGGUCGGGGCAUAUUUUAAAGAGAGAUUUGAUUUUGUAUGUUCUGCUGUGUAUGGUUGAAUUCAGUGAGGGUUUUUUUUUAAUUGUUAAUCAUUGAUUGUGUUAUUAACACAUCCACUUUUGGUAGUAAGUAGGUAUUGAGACGAGAGAAAAAUAAUGUAUAGCUUUGCUACAUAUGCUAUUAGAGACAGCAAUAAAUCUUAGACAGUGAAAUCAUUGUGAGUAUUUCAUCAUUCACUUGGCGAAAAAACUUCCUAU